CGCUGACGCUCACGCUCUCUCUCUCUCUCCUUCUCCCUCUCGCGCCUCUCUCUCUCUCUCUCCCUCUCCCUCUCUCUCCCUCUCAAACCUCAAUUAUGGACAGACACACCAGAAACGCGUGGAAACGAAACGUGCAGAGAGAAAAGCGCCGGCGAGCGUGGGGAUUCGCGCCAGAUUUAGCGGUGGUGUUUUCCCCCUCUCCGGAACCAGCGGGCGAGGAGAAUGGCCGAUUUGCCGGAGAGCUUCCACCGCAUAUGGAAGACGAGUUUGAACCUCUCCAAGUUGAAGCGCCUGUCCAGAAAAAGAAGAAGACAACUCAGAGAACAAGUAUGGACAUGUUCGCUGAUGAGUGUAGAGGUGACUGGCCAUUGGAGCUUUUACCACGACCUCAAGGCUUCGUAUGGUUGAAGACAUUACUAUGAAAGGUCACGGGUUCUUAAGUGAUGACAAUUGUAGCAAGGCCGUUCUCUGUUUCUGCAGUGCCCUGGAAAUAAGAUUAGCAGAGUUUGGUAGAGCUGGAUGCGCAGCAGAAUGUAUCAACCUAGGAUUAGCUUUGUUAAGACUCGCAGACACUGCUCCUUAUGUCAGAGAGUCAGCGUUGGAGGUUGCUGCAAUAAUGCUUGAGUGUGCAUCGGAGAUUAUGGACCAAGGGUCGAUCUGAAAUGGACUAGCAUCUGAACAAUUCCCAGAAUUAGUUACUAACUGAUGUAAACUCUUAAAGCAUUCUUUUGCUCGGUUUUACUUUUGAUUUUCUUUUUCGGUGGUUUGUUUUCAAAUUGAAAACAUUUCUCACGCAUUUGUGCAGUUUGUUUACUCAUAUUUGUAUAGAAUAGAAAAAAUACUAUA